AUGGAUAAGCAAGAAGACUCGAUCUUUUUCCGUCUACCAGCCGAACUACGGAAUCAGGUCUACGAAGCCCUCCUCUGCCCCAACACCCUACAAUCGAAAGACCUGACUCAUGACACGAAAGUGCCAACAAGCGGCCAAGAACCACUCUACCCAGCCAUUCUAUCAACAUGUCGGAGGGUCCACGAGGAAGCUACCGAUCUACUAUACACAUCACACUUCUUCCACGCACAUCCCUCGCUUCUGACCUCACUCCCGCAUCUCACACCUUCUGGAAGCCCAGUCUUAUGUAAAAGCGGCAUUGAGAAGAUCCAGCGUUGGCAACUCACACUUCGACUCGACACCGAUCCGCGCUUUACAAUGCAGCAAGCCACAUCCGCUUUCUCGAACGCUGAGUACGUUGAGAUCCGUGUGUGGCAAUCCACGUUCGAUGCCUGCGAUUCAUCGGUUUUGAAGCUGUUUUUGGGCGUUCAUGGGGUUCGCAUCGCUAGGGUGUGUGGUAGUGUGGAGCCUGAGUUGGCGAGGUGGUUGGAAGAGCGCAUGAUGCAGCCAUUAGAGAAGGAAGAGCGAGAUCUCUGUCACUGUGUGGAUGAAACAAGGGAGAUACGAUGCGGACGGUGUUAUAAGAGGAUCGAUGGAUGUGGGUCGUUUGAAGAGAGAGAUGCGUGGCGAUUUGGCAAUCGUUGA